AUGGCGGGGAGACCGAGGGUUUCGAAGAAGAAAGUCACACUGAAGAAGAAGAAAGGUCCAUCAUCCUCAGAUCCAGUAAAGAAACAGAAAUCUAUGAAUGAAAUUCUUGGAGUGGAGGCCAUAGAUUUCAACCUGGAAUCGGCAGAGGAGGCAGAGGAUGAGAUUGCCGAUAUUGCCGCAUCUGAAGCUCCAGUCCGCAGCGAAACGCCUGACUCGGAGAAGAUCCUGGAACAGCAUUUAGAGGUGAGAUCGACGCUGAAAGAUUGGGUUAGUGUGUUGAAAGGGGCUUCCGUUCCAUCUAAUGAUACAGGUAAACCCAAGCUCAUCCUGAUUCUGAAUCUUGAUUCAGAGGAUCAGAUUGGAAAAUCAGGGGAAGUUGUUGAUUGUGUGCAAAUUGAGCCAGAGGACAUAGAGGAUGAGAUCCUAUACUGGAGUACAACAAUAGUUUGCUAUGUGUUGGGUUCUAAUCCUCCUAUUUCAGUAAUGGAGGGAUUCUUUAGAAGAAUUUGGAGGGGGAAAGGAGUGGAAAAAGUUGGUUUAUUAGCACCAGGUGUGUUCAUGGUGAGGUUCAAUACUCUGGAGGAAAAAGAUGAGAUCAUGAAUGGAGGCUAUCAUUUUUUUGAUAAAAAACCAAUUAUAAUGAAGAACUGGGAUCCGAAUACUAGAUUUACUAGAGAGGUUGUUCUGAAUGUGCCACUUUGGGUUCAAUUAUGUAAUUUGGACUUAAAGUUUUGGGGAGAGAAGGCUAUGACAAAAAUUAUGAACUCUGUGGGUAAGUAUAUUCGGCAAGAUAGAGCAACUUUGGCUAGAGAAAAAUUACAAUAUGCUAGGGUGUUGAUUGAAGUAAAUAUCUCUCAGGAGCUACCGAAUGUGAUUAAAUUUAGAGAUGAAAAUGGAGAAGCAGUGUAUGUAGACCUUUAUUUUGAAUGGAAGCCAGACCGGUGUGCUAGCUGCAAAGGAUUUGGGCAUAAGCAAGAGGUAUGUAAGAAGAAGACACAAAAUGUUCCUGAUAAAGUCUGGAAGCCAAAAGUCAUACCAGAUGCUAGUACAAUGCCAGUUCAGUUUACAAAGGAAGAAGGAUCGCAAAGGGGGGGGGGGGGGGGGGGGGCGGAUAAAGUGAUUGAUGCAGAGGGUUUUGAGAAAGCCAAAGGUAAAAGAGUUCAGAUUGGUAGCAUACCACCAGUGAUCGUUGGUAAUUCUUUCAAUCUUUUGAAAGAUGAGGCUCAUAGUCUCCUAGAAGCAAGGGUUAAGGCUACCGAAAUGGGAGCCUUAUACCUCCAUAUGUUUCAAGGGUGGUGUUUCACUACUAAUUUGAUGAAUCAUCCAAACGGCAGAAUUAUUGUGGCUUGGAAUCCUAGAAGUUUUGAUGUGAGUAUUCAAGGAAGCUCAAGUCAAUGGAUGCAUUGUAUUGUGGAAGCCAAAACUGGUGAGAAGUUUGAACUCACUUCAGUGUAUGAAUUCAAUGUUGUUAAAGGAAGAGAGAGUUUAUGGAGUGAUUUGAAAAAAAUUAAGAUUGAAGUUAAAUUCCCUUGGCUUGUGUUGGGGGACUUUAAUGCUAUCUUGUCAACUGAAGAUAGACUUCGUUACACUGGAGAUGGCUCGGAUUUAUUUCCUUUUCAGAACUGUGUUCAGUAUUGUGGCCUUGAAGAUGUUAAGUUUUCUGGUUCCUUUUUUACUUGGAACAAUAAACAAGAAGGAAAAGCUAGAGUUUAUGCAAAGAUUGAUCGGGUUUUAGCUAAUGAUCACUGGCGUGAGCUGUUUGAGGCUGCUGAAGUGAGUUUCUUGCUGGAGGGAGAUUUUGAUCACUAUUUCCAUCAGAAAGUAGCUCAAAGUAGGGAGGAAGAGGUUCAUGGGAACCCAAUGUAUAGGCUGGUUGUGAAAUUGAAGAGGUUAAGAGCUGUUUUGAGAUUGAUUAAUAAAGAAGGGAAAGGUGAUGUGUUUGUUAAAGAGACAGAGUCCUUUGCUGAGUUGAUCAAAGCUCAAGAGAAGAUUAGAGAGCACCCAGGUGACAUCUCCUUUAUCCAUGAAGAGAUUACAGCCAGGAAAAAGUAUGUUGAGGCUCAUGAGGAUAUGUUACAAUUUCUUAAGCAGAAAGUGAAAAUUCAGUGGUUGAAAGAAGGGGAUCAAAACACGAAACUGUUUCAUAAUAGUAUUAGAAGCAGAAGAAUUCAAAAUGCAAUCUAUUCUACUUGGGAUCUUCAAGGGAAUCGCCAUGAUACUCAAGAUGGAGUGAGCCUUGCUUUUCAAGAGUAUUAUUCUGACUUGUUGGGAAUGAAAGUGGCGAGCAGGAAGUCUGUGAUUGCUAGUAUUGUUCAAGAAGGGCAGGUUAUUUCGGAGAGUCAAGCUGAGUUCUUGGUAAAGAGAUUUACCGAAGCUGAGGUCAAGGCUGCAGUGUACUCGAUUCCAAAUGAUAAGGCUCCAGGACUUGAUGGGUACAGCAGCGCUUUUUUCAAGCAUACUUAG